CUCCACUCGUACCACGUGCAGGAAAUGUGGCAGAACAAAGCGGAGCAAUUUUCGACCCCAAGGAAGUGAUCUGGAUUUGCGCGCUUUGACGUGGCGAUUUUCGGAUGGCAAGAGUGGAGAGUGGAACCAAGCGUGUAAGGUAUUUUUCUUCAAUACACGAGCUGAGAUAGGAAACCGCACACGGGCGACGACAUGGCGAGUUUCGCACGCUUACCGUCGGCCGCUUCGUUGUUCAGCGGCUCACCUGUCAUGGCUUCUUUUGCGCAACUUGGACAGCGAUCUUCGCAUGAAAAGGCAUACGGUGGGCAAUUGCUUGUGGAUCGUAUCGGUGAGGCCGAGGAGGACUGGUGGGAAUUGGCGUCGGGGUGUGGAGCACGUAUGUGGAACGAGCGGGCGCGCGCGCGCGCGUGCUCAUUUACUCCUUUUGGCAGUGGCGGCAACGGCAAAGAAGGAAAAUGUUUUCAUCAUCAGCUGCGAUCACGAUUUUUUUUUCCCUUACUUCAUCGCGCGGCUGCGCGUGUUGAUGUUUGCGCUUUGAAUCUUGGGUGCGGAAUGGCCGGCGUCGGCUCUUCUAUCGGGUGGUGGCGGCGAUUGGGCGGCGGAGUGGGUUCCCAUGUGGGACGAAAACGCCGCCGGGGUGGGUGGUGGAGUCUUUUGUGCGGCUGCGUUUCGAUGUGCCUCGGUCGGGCGUGAUACGGUAAGACCUGACACGGGGGGCGCGGAGGUGGAGGCGGAGGCGGAGGUGGCGAUGGAAGUUCUUUCAUCAGAAGCCUCCACCUUGUCCAGCGCUGUUACUGUGUAUAGAUCUGCAGCGGUAGACCGGCAACGGUAGACAA